AGGAGGAGGAGGAGGGGGGGGAAACCAGCUGUAGCAGACAUGUAGUUCGUCAAUGACAAUCGCUCUGUGUUUGAAUCAAUCAUAAGUACUUUUUUCUUUACUCGAGUGUAUUUUAUCCAGUAAAUUGACGUAAGAGGACGGAUUGGCUUGCGUUCUGUCAUUGUGUAUAGCUCGUGUGCUAUGAUUAGCUGCUGACAAUGAUCUGAAGUCUGCUGUGCUAGUCGAUUGGUGAGCGAGCUGAAGACGGGACCGGAACCAUUACGUUACUUAGUUAUCUUUAUCCUCGUGUCUGUGUUAUUCGACCACCUCGGCCCUUGCCUUGGAUUGCCAUUAGCGGACUAAACAGAGCGGAAAAUCAUUUGUCAUAUGCAGCUAAUUUAGUUUUUUAAUCCAUGGAGUACAGAGGGGUUUCUCUUUGCAGUUUGGACCUACGAUUGAUGACGUGCCUUUGAUUCUACUGUAACCACGAAAGUUGUAAUAAGAGCAUCAAAUGCAAAAGUAUUGAAAGCAAACCUCCAUUAUGGAUUUCAGCAAAUCGUUGACCUUGUGGAUUGUAUGCUUAUGCCUCCUGAGCGAAAGUUGUAGGGUCCAAGCCAGCUCAGACCACCAUCAUAUUGAUAAUGGUGUGUCAGAACUCUGUCGCAUCGACGAGCCUCGGUGCCAUGAUGAGAAUAGCAUCCUCAGUUUCGAGGCGAUCCGCAGUAUCCACAAGCAGAUGGAUGAUGAUGCUAAUGGCAAUGUGGACGUGUCAGAGACUGACGGGUUCCUAAGGGAGGACCUGAACUACCACGAUCCCAAAGCCAAGCACAACAGUUUCCACGGAGACGACCAGUUCAUCAGUGUGGAAGACCUGUGGAAUACUUGGAAGGGUUCUGAAGUGUGCAACUGGACAGUGGACGAUGUGGAGAAUUGGCUCAUCUACGUGGAGCUGCCACAGUAUGUGGACGCCUUCCGCAAGAUGCAGUUCAACGGGACUGUCAUGCCCAGGCUGGCUGUGAAGAACACCACUCUGACUGUGUCCAUUCUGAAAAUGCUGGAUCGAAGCCAUGUUCAGAAGCUGCAGCUCAAGGCCUUGGACACUGUGCUGUUUGGAGCCCCACUCAUGAAUAGACAUAACCACCUGAAGGACUUCAUGCUGGUGGUGUCCAUAGUGAUCGGCAUUGGAGGCUGCUGGUUCGCCUACAUCCAGAACCGUUACUCCAAGGACCACAUGAAGAAGAUGAUGACGGACCUGGAUGGACUACAGAGGGCUGAGCAGAGCCUGCAUGAUCUACAGAAGAAGCUGCAGAUAGCCCAGGAGGAGCACCGUACGGUGGAGGUGGAGAAGGUGAACCUGGAACAGAAGCUGAGGGAUGAGAUUAACUGUGCCAAGCAGGAGGCCCAGCGGUUGAAGGAGCUCCGUGAGGGCACCGAGAACGAGCUGAGUCGGCAGAAAUAUGCCGAGGAGGAGCUCGACCAGGUGCGCAUGGCCCUCAAGAAGGCAGAGAAGGAGCUGGAGUCUCGCUGCAGCUGGUCCCCACCAGAGUCCCUCCAGAAGUGGCUGCAGCUCACCCAUGAGGUGGAGGUGCAGUACUACAACAUCAAGAAGCAGAACGCUGAGAAGCAGCUACUGGUGGCAAAAGAAGGGGCAGAGAAGAUCAAGAAGAAGAGAAACACCAUCUUUGGGACCUUCCAUGUGGCACACAGCUCCUGUCUGGACAAUGUGGAUCACCAAAUUCUGACAGCCAAACAAGCCCUGGGUGAGGUGACUGCUGCUCUGAGGGAGAGGCUACACCGCUGGCAGCAGAUUGAGAUUCUGACUGGGUUCACCAUCGUCAAUAACCCUGGGCUCUCCUCCCUGGCCUCCACCCUGAACCUUGACCCCAGCCUCAUGGGUGGCCGGGCCACACCCCAGCACUUCGUUAUGUCUGAUGACAUGGACGACAUGGACGAGGACAUCAUAUCGCCCGGUACUCUGCAAUCUCCCAGUAUGAUGUCCCUGCGUCAGCGCCACAUGGACUCCCAGCUGGCCAUGGGCUCUCAGAGAGAGUUGAACCGCUCAGACUCAGACUCCUCCCUGUCCCUCUCCCAAAUCGGUGAUCGUCUGUCCGCCUACAGCUCCAAGGGCCACCUGGUUAAACCCACCUCCUUCCUGUAUGGCCAACCCGUCCGCUCUGCCUCCGACGAGCCCUCCCUGCAUGCCCACACCCCUAACGGAGGGAACCGUGUCCAUGAAGGAGGAGCCCUGGCCGAGCCAGUCCCAGAGAGCCCCAUCCUGAUGAAGAAGGUGUACAGCAUCGAGAAGUCAGCCAGCCUGGGAGAGAUGAAUGUUGGUAUGUCUAUGUCAGAGUCCUCCCGCUCCCUCAGCCCCAACUCCACUGACGCUGACACCCCCUCCCCCACGGGGGGCCAGCCUGGGACCAAGGGAGGCAGCCGCAUCCCACAGCUCUCUUCCAAGAAGAGCCCUCUGGAGGAAGACAGCGGCUCCACGGGAGAAGACACAGACUCCGUCGCCAGCCGUAAGAAACACACCUUCAAGAUCUUCAAAAAACAGAAGAAAUGAGUUCUACUAAAGAGCUGUCCAAUGUGUUUCUCUUAUUAUUGUUUGUGUUUUGGAGAAGUUGUUUUGGGUUGUUCACUGGUCACACUCGGUGGUGCAAAUCGUUGCCUUUAUGGAUUUGUAGGUACUUUCCCUGAGGAACUGUGGGAGUAACCAGCUAUCUGAUUAUAUGAUUUUUGUCCUGAUUAGAUUGGGAAUGGGUGGUAUUGUAUAGUGGAAUGUAAAGCACUAUUUAUUUAGUAGGAAAGGGUGCCAGUCUCUCAAAGGGAAACAAGUCUCCUGGGUGGAUGUCUUUUGGUUUACUUCAACCUGUAUCAGUUUGCAUGUCUUCACCUUUGUUUGACUGAUAUUCUCUGAAUGCUCCUAGGUGUUUGCUUGGUUCUUGUUCCUAUUCUGCUUAGACAACACUUAACUCAGUUGUUUCAUUUGGUUCAUUCCCAGCCACCUUAUGUGUUUUGACAAAAAAUUGUGUCAAUGGACCUUUUUAAGUACUUAAUGGUAGUAAUUUUGGUCAAUUGUGAGAGGGGGGCUGAAAAGGGCUGAACAAUACUUGCAAAAACCUCCUGAAUCAAUUGUGCUCACAAGAAAUCUAGCAGUCAAUGUUGGCAGAACUCUUCCAGUACAACUGCAGACACAGCAACACAUGAGGCAAACAUUUCCCUCGGAUGGUGCACCUUUCGGAAGUGACGUAGAAGUGCUUGAUUUAAACCGCUUGAAGACCCCCAGCACAUACAAAGCUAGGUAGCCUGUGUCACAGUGCAAGAAGUAAUUGUCCACGAUUUAAGUUCCCUAAUAGAGGGGAAAGUUAUUAAAAGGACUACUUGAACUAUAUGAAUGUAAUGUCAAAUGUUUAUUGAAGUAAAUGUCUACAUUUGCAAAUUGCCAAUCGUAUCAAUCUACAUUGCAGUUGUUGUAAGAGAUAUCAUGUGGAUCAUUGAGUGCUGUUGGAGGUGCCAAAACAAAGACUGGUCCAGUGGCCUUUUUCUUCUCAUCAGCUAUAUAUGUACUGUACAUUAGACGCAGCUUUAGAAUGAGUAGCACUGCCUUCCAUUUUAUCUGGGGACUCCAAAACAAAAUAAGGUGAUCAAUUUGACAUUGUCACCCACAUGAUUUUAAGUAGAGCGUUUCAAGCAGCGUUUGUAUUUCAAACACUCCCAAGUUGUUUAGAGCUUUCUGGGGAGGUGUUUGCUACUUUAGCUUGUUCUGUAGACUACCCUGAUCACCUAUUUUCACACUAUACAGAUCCAAAGUCAAGCACACAAUAACAGUAAUGGUGUCUACUGGUCACUAUUAUAAACUCAAUUGCCAUUAAUGGUUUUGAGGGCACACAUGGUUUAGAAAAGGAUGUCACGAUACAUUCUGGUUGUAGGGACUCAUAACUUUCUAAAUAAUUGACGUGCUGCUCCUGACUCUGCGUAAUAACCACAGCACUUCUCCAAACCACACCAUCGCCCCCCAAUGGAGGCCUCACACAGUGCGAUUGAUGGUAUGGAUGAAAAAUGUAAUUAUUUUUCUUUCAUUGAUCAGUUGAAAACAUGAACUUCCUAUUGGUACUUUUUAAAGUUUAAUUUGUACCUCUUCUGCACGAUGAAGCUGUAAUGUGGAUUAUGCCGUCUAUCUGUGAGUGUCUGUUGCCAGGAUACUGCACUGAUGCAUGUCAGCUACUGUAUUAACGUCUAUAAUGGGCUUGAGGCAGAGGUCAGCUCGAGCAUCAUGACUCUCCACCCCUACUUUAACUCCCGACUUCUCAUUUUGAGCUUCUAUUUAUGAAUACAUAUAUUUGUACAGAGAAAAAAAAUGUUGCAUCUUCUGUGACGUUCUCUAGACUUUUACGGCACUCCUGCAUGGUAGCAAUAAACUAUUUUGAAUGAAA